AUGUUGCCGCUCACGGUGAAUUUCAAGGUGUCGGCCCGCACCCUCACCGGGGCCCUCAGCGCCCACAACAAGGCGGCGGUAGACUGGGGCUGGCAAGGUUUAAUUGCGUAUGGGUGUCAUUCCCUGGUGGUGGUGAUCGAUUCCAGCACUGCCCAAACCCUUCAAGUUUUAGAAAAGCAUAAAGCUGAUGUUGUGAAGGUUAAGUGGGCCAGAGAGAACUACCACCAUCACAUCGGCUCUCCCUACUCCUUGCGCCUCGCGUCUGCCGACGCCAGUGGGAAAAUCAUCGUUUGGGAUGUAGCAGCCGGAGUGGCUCAGUGUGAGAUCCAAGAGCAUGCCAAGCCCAUCCAGGACGUUCAGUGGUUAUGGAGCCAAGACGCCUCCCGAGACUUGCUUCUCGCCAUCCACCCGCCAAACUACAUUGUGCUCUGGAACGCGGACACCGGCACCAAGCUCUGGAAGAAGAGCUACGCAGACAACAUCCUUUCCUUUGCUUUCGACCCUUUUGACUCUUCCCAUUUAACUUUACUUACCAGCGAGGGCAUUGUGUUCAUCUCAGACUUCUCCCCAUCCAAGCCUCCCUCAGGCCCUGGGAAAAAAGUCUACAUAUCCAGCCCGCACUCUAGCCCGGCUCACGGCAAGCUGGCUGCCGCCACGGGGGCUAAGAAGGCUCUUAAUAAAGUCAAAAUCUUAAUCACGCAGGAGAAACCUAGCGCUGAGUUCAUAACCCUCAACGAUUGCCUGCAGCUGGCCUAUCUGCCUUCCAAAAGGAGCCACAUGUUGUUGCUCUAUCCCCGUGAGAUCCUGAUCCUGGACCUCGAGGUGAACCAGACGGUGGGCGUGAUCGCAAUAGAGCGCACGGGCGUCCCGUUUCUGCAGGUAAUACCCUGCUUUCAACGAGAUGGUUUAUUUUGCCUACAUGAGAAUGGUUGCAUAACUUUACGUGUUCGAAGAUCUUAUAAUAGUAUUUUCACCACUUCAAAUGAGGAACCAGAUGCAGAUCCCGUCCAGGAGCUCACCUACGACUUACGCAGCCAGUGCGACGCCAUCCGCGUGACGAAGACAGUCCGCCCCCUCAGCAUGGUGUGCUGCCCCGUCAACGAGAACGCCGCCGCCCUCGUGGUGAGCGACGGCCGGGUCAUGAUAUGGGAGCUGAGGUCUGCCGUUUGCAGUCGAAGUGCACGGAGCGGGGCAAAGCGCAAUUGCCGGGGAAGAGCAUCCCAAAGGCUCGGCGCUGCAGGAAGUGCACCUCAAAUUCCUGCUCACGGGACUGAUUUCAGGACUGCCCGCGCCACCGUUCACCGUCCGUAUGUGUCCCCCGUUGACCACAAAGAACAUCAAGAUGUAUCAGCCAUUGCUUGCUGUUGGUACAGGUAA